AUGUGGGUUGUGGCCACCAAGUCCAGUGCUGACAUCACGGAAUCCUUGGGUGCCAUGUGGGUGCUGCCCCCAGCACUGACCCCUCUCCCACCACCCACCCCAGGCAUCUACGUCUGCGCCAAGUGUGGCCACGAGCUGUUCUCCAGCCGAUCCAAGUAUGAGCACUCAUCCCCGUGGCCAGCCUUCACUGAGACCAUCCAUGAGGACAGCGUGGCCAAGCGCCUGGAGCGGCCGGGGGCUUUAAAGGUGUCUUGUGGCAAGUGCGGCAAUGGACUUGGCCACGAGUUCCUCAAUGAUGGGCCGAAGAGGGGCCAAUCCCGCUUCUGAAUAUUCAGCAGCUCGCUGAGGUUCAUCUCGAGAGUGAGGAUUGAUGGCUGCCUCAAAAG